AUGGAUGAUUCCGGAGAUGAAAAGCCAUUGAAGCGUCUCGAUGUCACCGGUCCUGCCCAUGUCGUGGCAGAGCGCUGGCGGAAAUGGAAGAGAUCUUUCUCGUAUUAUGUCGUAGGGAAGGGCAUAACGGACAAGACUCGGGCUAAGGCCUUACUUCUGCAUUUCGGCGGAGAAGGAAUUCAAGACAUAUACGAUACCUUGGAGUCGUCCAUAGACCAAACUGCUGGAGACGCGCUGAAGGCGCUGACAGACGCUUUGGAUGGACAUUUUGCCGUCACUGCCAACGAGCCCUACGAGCGGCACAUUUUCCGACAGAUGGCCCAGAAAGAGAAAGAGACUGUGGCCCAGUUCGUAACUCGACUCAGGAAUCAAGCGAAAUUUUGUAAUUUCACUGACGAAGAAGACCAAAUCCGAGAUCAACUGAUCCAAGCCAUGUCGGACCCGAAGCUGCGCCAGAAACUCCUGGAGGAGAAGAAUAUCAAACUGAAAGAUGCCCUGGUGAAAGCCAGACAGCGGGAACUGGCGACUGUGCAAGCACGGAGCAUGGACAGCUCUGCAGAAUCGUCCAUUCAUCAGCAACGAUCGUCGUCGUCAGGACCUCACGCUAACUCGUCAGGCAGACAUCGUCACUCUGGUGCGGGACCACGUGGAGGUGGUACACAGACUCAAUCAGCAACGAGGAAUGCUGACUCGGAGUGUUUUUCGUGUGGCCGGAAAGGUCAUUUCUCACGUAGCCCUGAGUGUCCAGCACGCGGAAAAAAAUGUUCAAACUGUGGGAAAGUUGGACAUUUUGCUGUUGUCUGUCGGUCGCAGAGGAAGAAGGACAAGGGAGGACAGCAGCGCAGAGUGCAUGAUUUGUCUGCUGACGCAGAGCAACAGGACAAGAGCAAGCAGAGCGCCAGUGAACCAGCCAGCAACUCCUACUCGUGCGAAAUGUACAAUGUCGGCCGAGUGGGUAGUAGCUCAAACAAACCAGUGUUCGUCGAUCUGGAGAUAAAUGGAGAUCAUCUUCUCAUGGAGCUCGACACAGGAGCUGAGCACACCGUCAUUCCGGAGAAGCUGUGGCAAGCUAAGUGGUCAGAUGUGUCGUUGUGUAAAUCGGAUAUUCGUUUGUGUGCAUUUGGUGGAACUGACAUUCCUGUUCUUGGUGAAGCCCGUGUUAGUGUGAAGUGUAAUGCACAGGUCGUUGAGUGUUUUCUACUCGUUGUAAAAGAGGGCUCUUGUGCACUGCUGGGUAGAGAUUGGUUGAGACAUAUUCGUCUCGAUUGGCAAGCCAUUUCAGCGUCUUUGCACACAGUCGAUCAGCAGCCAGAGUCUGCAGAAGUGUUUAGUGAGUUUUCAGACGUGUUUUCUGACACUCUUGGCUGCAUUUCUGAACACAUAGCAGAAAUUCGUUUGCGAGAUAUGGCUGUGCCCCGAUGUAUCCCUGCACGUCCGGUACCGUAUGCGUUACGUACCCAGGUAGAUCGUGAACUUGAUCGUCUAGAGCGUGAGGGCAUUAUUAAGAAGGUGGAGGCUGCAGAGUGGUCUUCACCAGUUGUAGUUGUACGCAAGCGCAAUGGAGACAUUCGUUUGUGCGCGGAUUUCAAAGUAUCCAUCAACAAACACAUUGAUCCACAGCAGUACCCCAUACCAAAUCCCACAGAUCUGUUGUCGUCUCUGGGUGGGGGCAGAGUGUUUUCUAAACUGGGUUUACGGCAAGCGUACGCGCAGCUGAAGCUCAGCGCGGAAAGCCAGAAGCUAUGUGUCAUCUCGACACAUCGUGGUUUGUAUGCGUAUACAAGGUUGCCAUUUGGUGUCUCCAGUGCCCCGUCGAUUUGGCAGCGCGUCAUCGAACAAAUCGUACAGGGUCUUGAUGGUGUAUCUGUAUAUUUCGAUGACUUACUUAUUGCUGCAGGUUCACGGCGAGAUCAUGACAUCCGCCUGAGGCGAGUUUUAGCCCGUUUCCGGAGGUAUGGCAUUCGUGUUAGUAGGGAAAAGUGUGUUUUCCUACAGGACAGUGUUCAGUAUCUCGGGUAUACCGUUUCUAAGAGCGGCAUAGCCCCGAACGACGACAAGCCUUUGUCGGCAGAGCAGGAGUCUGUCCUCAUUCAUGCUAUGAACGAAUUUACCGCCGAUCCAUGUGGUGACAUUCCUCUGUCUGCACCAGAGGUCGCCAAGGCAACUCAAGGUGAUGAGGUAUUGUCGGAUGUGAUGCGAUUUCUCAGAUUUGGUUGGCCUAGUGAUGUAGCAGAACGUUUCGUACCGUACAGCCGCAUUAGGGAUGAAUUGUCCAUUGAACAAGGCUGUUUGCUCUGGAAAAGCCGUGUAAUCAUUCCCAGUACAUUUCGACAAGCUCUCCUGCGGGAAUUACAUUCUGUGCACCUUGGCGUAAACAGAAUGAAGUCAGUUGCCCGCUCAUUCUUUUACUGGCCUAAGUUGGACUCUGAUAUUGCUGAUUUGUGUGCAUCGUGUGAGCUGUGUCAGCAAUUUGCUCGAGCUCCCUCUAAGGAGGCUACACACCCGUGGGUUUACCCCAGCCGAGCUUUUGAGCGUGUGCAUAUAGAUUUUGCCGAAUUUGAGCACCGUUUCUUCUUUGUUGUCGUGGAUGCCUACUCAAAAUGGGUCGAAGUAUUUGAUAUGGGCCGUGAUUCCACUACGUCGAAGACAAUUUCUUGCUUGAUGAAAUUGAUUUCCCACUUUGGUAUCCCAAAGUUUAUUGUGAGCGAUAAUGGGCCUCAGUUCACGUCCCACGAGUUUGCGUCAUUCUGUUCACAAAAUGGCAUCAUUCACAAGCUCACGCCUCCCUACCAUCCAGCAUCUAACGGUCAGGCUGAGCGCAUAGUCCAAGAGCUAAACAAAUCGUUGAAGACACGUCCGCCCACUGUCUCGAUUGCUGCUCAGUUGUGUCGUUUUUUGUUUGCCUAUCGUACUACUCCGCAUAGUACCACACGAGUUUCCCCUGCUGAUUUGGUAUUGCGAUUCACCCCGACGUCCCGUUUUCCAUGUUGCAGCCAUCCUUUGGUGACACGAUGCGUCAGCCAACGAUGUCUUCUGGUCCGCCGUCUCGUGGUUUUGUUUCCGGCGAUCGAGUUUGGUUCCUGAAUCCUGUGCCCCGUGGUGGUCCAAAGUGGCUGAAGGGUGUGGUCCUGAAGCGCUUUGGCCCCCUGACCUACUCCGUUGAGUAUGAUGGUCGACAACGUACUAUACACGUUGAGCAUUUGCGCGCGUGCCAGUCGGAUGGUACUUCUGUUUGUGUCGACAUGUUUCCGUCGACUUCUCCACAAGUUCCAGACACGGCUCCUGUGCCUGUGUUGCC